UCGCUCGUUGGAAAGAACUUAUUUCCGUUCCGCGUGAAUUUCCGUCGCGUACUGUUUAAAUAUUUUUGUAUUUGAUAAGUUAAUAUAGUUUUGAUUGAGACAUUAAAGUGGUGUAUUUUUUCGGGUAUAAUGUGUGGCGGUCACCACGCGGCCGCUGCCGCCGGGUGACCGUUGUCGAAUGUUUUGAAAGUGCAGUGUUCUUUCUGCAUUGUGUUUUUAAAAGCGCGUGUUUGUGGGGGCGGCUUGGCGGGCCCGCGACAUGAGCGGCGCGCGCGUAGCCCGCCCCGCCCGCUAUGCAGCGCUUGCGCACCACAUUCAAACGAUCCCGGACUCCAACGCCCGCCGAUAUGAAGACGCAGAGCAGCCUUGAAGUGCCAAAGCAGGUGCGAUCGGCGUCGUUUGAUGAGAUUCAGUUGGGAGCGGCCCGUGGCGCAAAUGCCAGUACUUUGCUUUCUGUGCCACAGCCUGGAGCGCGAAGCCGUUCCUUUGACUCAGCUGGAUCUGAUGACUCCGGAACAUAUUUGGAGGUACCGCGGCUGUGGUCUCGACGUCGAUCAGGUAAAGGAACGCCACCGCCAUGUGUCCACUGUCGGCAUAUGGAGACAUGGCUGGCCCGCCAAAGCGAGGAACGAUCCACACCUGAAAGAUUACCACCAUCAUCAUCAGCCGAAGACGACGACGAUGAUGAUGACGAAAGCGAUGUGGAAGUACCGAGAAUACAUCUGGCACCGGCACCACCGCCGCGAAUGCUUCUCCCAACACCAGUACAAUCACCACCACCUUCUCCGGGUGCACCGUCGUUUGAACUGCAACCACCUGUAGAUGAACCUCCUAUAGUUCCACAACGACGUCGCUCUAUAUCACGGCAGGAAGCUUUCUUCGUGGAACCAACGGGGAGCUCCCUCGAAAACGUACGGGCCUCAGACGAAGCUAACAAUGCGCCAAGGGAUUCAAUUGUACAUGAUAUAUACUUAGCAGUACCAGAUCUAAAACGGGAUCGGGCAGCUUCAGUCGAUUCCUGCUUUUCCAAAGUUUCUGGUGGCAGGGCAGAGGAGUUGGGUCAGGGUGGAGAUUCCCUAACUGUGCCUGGGACGAGCCUUCGUUCUCGCUCUGUGGAUAUUGUGUUGCCAACCGCUGAACAGUCACGGUAUAAGGCACUCGCCCUCACCGCUGCGCAGGCGCCUCUGUCGCCGACAUACGACCAGCCGCGAGACGAGCCUGACAUUCCUGUGCUUCAAGUUUUGGCCAGACGGACUAGUGACGGCGCAGCUACCGGGCCCAGGGUUCUACGUUCAACACCAGAUUGGAGUGAGGCAGCUGUUAGUGGUGAGCACCUGUGGCAACCUACCUCAGUGUCUGGGGACUGUUGUUAUGUUGGCGAUUCUGAGUGUCAGAAACAUGGAGCCCGCAUGAAGUGUUCCGCGUGUAAGAUUGUGGCGCACACAGCCUGCAUCGAUAUUCUAAUAGACCGUGUGCAAUUUACUUGCAAACCGACGUUUAGAGAUGUGGGCGUGCGACAAUACAGGGAACAGACAAUUACGCAUCACCAUUGGGUCCAUAGACGCUCCGAAAAAGGAAAAUGCAAGGCUUGUGGCAAGUCAUUUCGGCGUGGCUGCUGUGGGUGGUGCGUUUCCUCAAAUAAAACGUCAGAAAAGCCGAUAGAAAACACUGAACUAGGAGACGCUUCGCUGCAAGCGAAAAUAUCCUUUAGUUCCAAAGAAAUUGUCGCCUUGAGUUGUUCGUGGUGUAAAGAUGCAUACCAUAAUAAAGAGAGUUGUUUUAACCUCCAGAGAAUAGGAGAGGAAUGUUCGUUAGGUACACAAUCUAUUAUUAUAGUACCGCCGUCAUGGAUUGUAAAACUCCCCCGUCGCGGAAGCUUCAAAUCGUCACUACGGAAAUCGCCGAAAAAGAAAAGCGCGGGAAAGAAAAAGGGAAAAGACUCGAAGGUUGAACAAAGACCGUUCGUAAUAAAGCCAAUACCGACGUCAAAUGUGAAACCUGUUCUCGUAUUUAUUAACCCCAAAAGUGGCGGCAAUCAAGGUGUCAAGUUAUUACAGAAAUUCCAAUGGCUUUUAAACCCGCGCCAAGUUUUCGAUCUCACUCAAGGAGGGCCGGGGCCUGGACUAGAGAUGUUUCGUAAAGUGCCAAAUUUGCGUGUGCUGGCAUGUGGCGGAGAUGGCACAGUGGGGUGGGUUUUAAGUGUUUUGGACAGGAUUGGUGCACGGCCAGCUGUGGGUGUCCUUCCACUUGGGACUGGAAAUGAUCUCGCAAGAGCUUUGGGCUGGGGCGGGGGCUAUGAAGAUGAACCAAUAUCAAAAAUCCUCGCACACAUCGGCGAAAGCGACACAGUACUACUGGACCGCUGGCAGUUAACAGUAGAGCCUAACACAGCAGCCACAGGCGAAGACACCAGCAACGCGAAAGCGGAUUUACCGCUGAAUGUUGUUAACAAUUAUUUCUCUUUUGGUGUCGAUGCCCACAUCGCUCUCGAGUUUCACGAGGCCAGGGAGGCGCAUCCUGAAAAGUUUAACUCUCGCAUCCGGAAUAAGCUCUUUUACGGAACGGCUGGCGGGAAAGAUCUCAUGCAAAGGAAAUGGAAAGAUUUAGCCGAUUUCGUUACUUUGGAAUGUGACGGAAAGGAUCUUACCGGCGUCUUGAGGGAGCAUAAAGUGCAUGCGAUCGUAUUCUUAAACAUUCCAAGUUACGGAGGUGGUACACAUCCUUGGAACAAAUCCCAGGGAGCAUCAGAACCCUCGACUGAAGAUGGAUUAAUAGAAGUUGUUGGAUUGACUACGUAUCAAUUGCCGCUGUUGCAAGCUGGCGGCCACGGUACAUGCAUCACUCAGUGCAAGACGGCAAAAAUAGUUACCACCAAAGUGAUACCCAUGCAAGUUGACGGCGAGGCUUGCAGACUUGCGCCAUCUGUGAUCACAUUGUCCAUACUGAACCAGGCGAUUAUGCUCGCCAAGAAGAAACCGGGACGGGUUCUGGCACCCCUUACGACGCUUGAUAAGCUCAACUUUACCGUGAAUAUAAUUACAAUGGCCGACUAUGAACGACACCACUACGACAAGGAACUUCUGGCUAAAGCAGCGGAAAGGAUCGGUACCUUAGAAGUGAACCCAGCAACGGAUCUGGAGCAGACACGAAAUCUCGUUCAUAACCUGAUCAAAGAAUCUCAAGCCUACUCGAAUAUCUUGGAUUGGUGGUUUGUGGAUUCGGUAACCGCGGAACGUUUUUUCCGUAUCGACAAAGCUCAAGAGAAUCUCCACUAUCCAAUGGACAUCGGUCACGACAACCUCUACAUACUGGACGCGGCGCCACUCACACCGGACACCGACACAACUGCUAACCCAGAAACCACAGCGAGUGCUUCACUGGAUCGCACUAGGCCUUCGGUGUCACUGGAGACCACUACCGGGCUGUCGGUAUCGCUCGACAUAUCGCAGAGUGUUGAUACACCGAGUGCUGCUGUUUCGUUAGACGUACCUGAUUCCCAUGGAAGCCCAGCGCGGUCGUCAGAUGACGUAACGACGCCACAGACGCCCCCCUCAGCGGCCACUACAGCCACGCCCACCUCCAAGUCAUCUCUAUCGCCAAAGCUCACACAACCGAAGCCAAAGACAUCGCAAGACUCCAACUCGCCACCUCUAUGCGGCAGUCCCACGGCCAAAGACAACGAACCGUCACCAGAGUCUAUAGCUCGGUUCAAAACCAUACAUCAAAAAUUGUUUGGAUUUGAACAAGAAGCGUUUGGCUGUGGAAAUCUAUUGGAGAAAACAUCCGACUCACUGCUCAAAGCCGCGAAAGUCGGGGACUUAAAAAUGAUAAAGGAGCUCCAUGCGGCGGGCUAUUCUCUACUGUCUAUUGAUGCGAGCGGUCAGACUGCGUUGCACAUCGCCGCUCGAUAUGGCAAUAAAGAGAUUGUUAAAUAUUUGAUAGCGUGCGCUCCAACAGCUAUAUUGAAUAUGAGUGAUAACGAGAAAGGGCAAACGGCGCUUCAUAAGGCGGCAGCGUAUAAGCGACGAGCGAUAUGUUGUAUGUUGGUGGCCGGAGGAGCGUCUCUCACCCGACAGGACCACGCGUGCUUAACUCCGAGACAAAUCGCUCUACGUGCUGAUGAUCACGACUUGGCAGCGUAUUUAGAAAGUCAAGAGCAUUUCCAGUUAGUUUCAGAAGAUUUGGAGACAACAGUGUGAAAUUUAUUAUUAUCGCUUUCACUAUUGAAUCUAUUAUUGAUAAGGUUAUUUAUUUUAUAUAGACAUAAGAUAAUUUCAUAUAAUAAUAAAAGACUUUACUGAGCUUAUAAAUAUAAUAAUAUAUCUUGUUCACAUAUCCUUUAGAUCUUUCUAAAUACACCGAAUUAACAGUGUUAAGGCGAGUUCACAUAUACGCCGUAUUCAUAUAAACCGUGGAAUAGAUAAAUAUGAAGAGAUUAAUGAUAGAAGCAAGUAUAAAUCGUGUUUUUAUCAAUAAUCAUACUCCAUAAAUAUAUGCAAAUAUGUUAUGAAUAAGUCAUAAAGGAAGUCAUCGGUGACACUAUUUCUAGAACAGCUAAGGAUGAGGCUCGAAUAUUUUUAUGUAUAUGUUUCAUGAUCACAACGAAUAGCAACACUAUCGAAAAGUGUUAGUUACAAUUCUUAAAACCCGGCUUGAAGGACCAAAAACGUUCUUCACAAACCACAGUCCUAUGUCUAGAAUAACGCCUCUAUAGUAUUGUUAUUCGUAGGUCAUAGAUAACAUUUAAUUGGUUAAAAUGUGAACUCGUCUUAAACAAAUAAUAAAUUCAUAUAUUAUGACCAAGUAUAAAUUGUAAAUAAUUAUUAGAAUAAAAUUCGAAAUAUCCUCUAUACCUCUAUAUCGACACUAUUUAUUGUAUUUGCAUCUAAUUUAGCAAUAUCAUAAUGUAAAUAAGGUUUAAAAUGACAUCUAAUUAGAACGUGAUUUAUAAUCACUUAUGUAUUUUAAUAUUUAAAAACUGUAUGGAAAGUUUCUUAGUGAAUUAAAUGUAAAGACCAAUAAUGGGAACAGUACAAUUUGACGCAAUGUGUUGUGCAUGGGCGCUAUGGUUGUUUUUGACAUCUCACUAGACAUUUUUUGAACGUCAUUGACAAUGACAUUUGAUCAAAGACUUGCGAUAUGCUAGCGCCAAUCGAAUUUGCAUUUUAAAUGUCAUUUGUCGUGAAUUCUAGUUAGCCUGUGGCACCUGUCAAAAGCGAUUGUUCGGUAACGUAUUUGUCAAAGUUUUCAUACAAAAUUCGCGCCAAAACAUAGAGCCUGUGUUCGACGCACCAAUGAGAAUGAAUUGUAUUUAAUAAGUAUUCACUUCACUAUUAGUAUUUUACAUAGAAGCAAUUAGAAUUAGGUAAUAGGUAUGGAGGCUUUACAAUGAGUUUGGGUAUUGAUAUCAAAUAUUUGUAUUAAAAAUUCGCUUAAUUAAGUAUUAAAAACACCUAACCUAAAGACAUUACUUUGGAAGAGGUAAAUAAAACUUUUGUCUUUGCACCUAUAAUAUUAAUACCGUCAAAGUUAUGGUAAAGCUGAUUUCUCAUUCAUUAGACUAUAUUAGGUUGUGUUAAUGUAUUUGAAAAUUUCGUUAUGCAAAGCAUUUGUUGCUAGUUAAUUUGUUUCGCGUUUAUUUUAGUAAUAGCAAAGCUAUAGCAAUAAUUUCAAAUAGUAGUGUAAUAGUACGAUCUCACCUCCUCGCUUAGUUAAUAAUACAUUAUAGUUGAUAUUCAGAAUAGCGGUAAAUUAUCACUACUACAGACGUAUUUCCUUUAUUAUAUUUCGUAGCAAUAAAUUUCUUAAGUCAAGUGUUACUGAAUAUUAGUUACAACCUUCGAGACUCGAAUAAUACUUGGUAUUUCUUGAAACCGCAGGUCCGGGGUUCUAUUAGAGUUAACUAAUUAUGCCUAUAAGAAUAAGGCCUACUUUGCUUAUGAAUAAUGAUCAGUAAAUUCGACAAAUGUCUGCCCCUUGAGUCAUGAAUACUGCACUUCACACGUAUCAUUAUCUAUACAUUCAGUCUAUAGUGUGGUAUAUUCUGUGACUAGAGUUCUUUUUAUUUUUCAAAAUGGAAUCAUUCUUUACUACGCUUCUAUAUUUGCUAUUUAUAUGCACAGAUGCUGGCUGGCUAGUUAAAAAAAAUAUUAAGAGGUGACGGAACACAUUCUGUGAUUCCAAUUCAUAUUUAGAACAGGAAUGCCUUUACUGUUUUUCCUAUAAUCUAUAACUAUUUGUAGUCUAUGAUAUUCUAAAUGUUGGUUUUAUUUGGCUGUAAUAAAAUACCUCUACGUAGACGUAGAUGUCAUUAGUGUAAUCGAAUUUAUUCGUACUUAUUUAUCGCUAUAAUGCGAAAUGAAAGACAAAGCUGUGAGAAUUUUGAUCAUUGUAAAAAGUAGAUUCAUUUAUCAUAGUCUCGAUGUGUGGUUUUCUUGUAUAUAUGUAUUUUUUUGUUGACUCAUCUUUAAUCAUUUACACUUCAACGAUAUAGCUUUAAGGUUUCACGAGUGUUCUGCUAGAUUCUCUCAUAAACUUAGAAGAACCUUCACUUCCCUGAGGGUAAGAUUUAAAGUUGAGACUUAGAGAAAUUCACUCUUGUAUGUCAAAAACUUUUGAAAAGGAAUGCACUCAGUCUCAACUCUGAACCCUUAGAAUACUCUAGGUGCUUUAUUACGUGUCAUAGAUUAUAUUUCAAAUAGAUCAUGUCGUGUACAUAUUGUAUCUAUAUUCUACCUUCAAGAGGCCUUCAUUCAUAAAUAUAUAAAUGAACUAUUUCUAUUAAUCGAAUUAGGGUAUAUAGUUUCACGACCAAUUUCGAAGUUAAAUGGUUAAUUAGCAUAAUCACUUAAUCUUUAAUGGACACACUAAAAUUCUGUUUCAUCUACGUAAAACAAUAUUUUAUUAAUCGAGCACUGACUCAAGAACUUUUUGAAUAGUCUCACAGUUUAUUUAAUCUUAGCCAUAGGAUAAUCUAUAAAAUAAAUGAUCUGUUACCUAAUGCAAUAAUAGUUAAGAAUUUGAUUCAUAUUUUUACCAUCUCUUAAUUAAAAUCUCCAUUUUGAAUAAUUGAAUAAUCAUUACAUAAAUUAAAUACAUGAAAGAUUAGAAACAAUGCACCGCUGAGUGGAUAUAAUAAUUCGAUUUUUAAAAUAAACUUUUUUUGUAAGUAAUGCCGAUCACGAAUGAGGUUGUAUUUUAAUUAUAAAAAACUCCGCUCGGCUUUAUAACGCACCUAUAAACGUCAAGGGGAAUGUUUUAAGAUAAUAAAUCCUCUUUUGUAGAUAUUUGACAUUUUGACAAAAGAAUAUUUCCAAUUAUGUAUUCCAAAUUUGAAAUUGUAAAAAUGGAACAAGAGUACUUAUCUAAAAUUUUGUAAUAUUCGCACUCAUUUCAUUGUGUAAUUUUACGAUAUUUUUGCACUGAGUGAAGUCGGUAUUUUAAUGGAAAUUAUAACAACUAUUCUUAAAAAUAAAUAUUAUCAACAA